GUACUCAGCGCGCACCGGGGGGCAGGUAACGUCAGCAGUCGGCCGGAGCAGGGAAAGACUGUACACACACCCACCAAGUGUUUAUCGGCGCUUAAUCCCUGACACACACCUACACGCAUCGAUAAUGAGCACUUAAUCGGUUGCGCGUGACUCCUUGCGAUCCACGAGCGCCUCGGCAGCAUCCCGCGCCCUCGGCUCGGCUUGAAAUGGGAUGAUAUGGGAUUUUUCAUGUCGACGAAGAUCGGAGGGAUUCUUCUGUUCGCACUGGUAUUCCCGUCCCUGAUGGUGUCAGGAGACUCAGAUGUGAAGUGUGAGAACAUUUACAAGGAUUUUUCAGAGUGCGUCCUGGAGCUGGGAGAUAGCAUGGACAACUAUCAGGAGAAUGUGACCAGCGAGAGGGGUGUGGAAGCCGUGUGCAGCCACUGGGAAGCUUUCCAUACAUGUGCCCUCACAGCGCUGUCGGACUGCCAGGAGGAAGUCAGCUCCAUCUGGGAGAAUCUGAGGCAGGACUCCAUGAAGAUGCGCUUCCAGGGAAGUCUGUUCGACCUGUGCAGCCCCAGCUCCUCGCCCAGCAUAAGUUCACCUCUCGCUGCCGUUGCCCUGCCGCUGAUAGGCGGGCUGGUCCUGACCGGGCCCAACUGGUUCCCUGUGUAAAUCGGGGCAGGGGGGUAAGACGAGGGCCUCCAAAUCAGUUAGGGUCAGUCCUCCUGAGUUCAGACCUAAGGCCAAGGAUUUAAUAGGGAUGAGUGAAUAGUAACGAUUAUUUUAAGCCACCCGGGUCUGUGGCUAGCCAAUCAAUCAAUCAAUCAAUCAAUCAAUCAAUGUCUCCUCAAAUACUUCAGCUUGAUCCUGUAGUUGAGAAGACUAUUUAUCAGGCAGACUAAAGCAAACAAGCCAAGUAUUGAAGGGUUUCAGAUACAGCCAGACACCUGUGGCUCUGGGUUAGCAAUAUACAAGAAGUGGACCGAUGAUCAUGAUCUUUGGUACAAUCUAAUGCAAUGAAUACUAGAUUGAACUUUAUCAGGUUCGGUUUGAUGGAUUCAACUGAGGUCCUUUUUUAAAGCCGUAUAUUAGAAGAUGUUCGGGUUUUCAUUACAUUCUGAGACGUUAACAUGUGUUAAUGUGUUUGCACUCCCAGUACGGGUUGAUGAUAGUUAAAAGAGUAGUUUGAGAUUUUGGGAGUUGGCUAAGCAGAUCUAUACCACUCGCACACACUAAAUGUAAAGAUACUGCCAGUAGUUAGCGGUUAGCUUAGCUUAGCUUAGCACAUAACUGCUGUAGCUGCUUCGAGCUGUUUAACAGUUUGACACUUUUGUACAAAUGAAUCACACGUUUUUAUUAGUGAGCUAUCGGCAUGAUUGGAGGGUGGAUUCUGUCACUCUGUUUCCUCGUGUUUGCUCGACCCUUCGCUACACCAAGUCAACUGGAUGUUGGCUGUAGCUUUACAUUUUACAUGUAUAGACGUGAGAGUGGUAUUGAUCACAUCUACGACCAAACAAGAAAGCAAAUUUAAGCAAUUUUAUUCAGUGACCAAACCUUAAAACACAGAACCAGGCAUUUAUAUGACGGACUUAAUUACACAAGCAGCUAAACAACGUUCAGCUGUAUUACAGGGGGAAUGCCCCUUUAAUCUGUUGCAAUAACGUGUAAUAACUGUUUGUGUAAGUGACAAUCAAGCUACUUGUAUAACACUUUGCCCCUCUAACACUUCGGCCUAUUGUGGUUGAUGUUGCAUGGCUGCUAUAAAGACACCAAAAACAACCUUAUGAGCUCCCUAUGAGCCUCGUCCCAAACUUUGGUUCAGUUUUAUGAUCGAUCAAACUUCUAACCAUUCGAUGUUUGUGUAAAAAAGGAAAUCUUAAUUGUGAAUGUUCAGUGUUUUUUCAUUAAUAACUGCUCUAAUUUGUGUGAACAUGCUCGUUGGCAAUUAGCACAAUAUUACUAAAACUUUACUUUAAAGGCCCGAAUAAACUUGGUAUUUCAUACAGCCAACAGGGGUGCAAUAUGUUACAGAUCAGAAGACAAAAUUAUUUAUAAUAUGCAAAAGCUAAACAUUAUUUUUGUAAAAAAGAAAUCGUUGGUUGGUUUGUAUCAAUUUCAUUUAAAGUUAUGAUUGACUCAUGAAUGCAUUGCAUUAUUAUAAUAUCAAACAAAACAAAUUAACGGCUCAGUUGAUCUGUUUCAUGCUUUUAAUCAAUCUUGUCUGGAGAAAUACCGGUUUGAAAAGCUUCAAAAGCAGCCACAACGACUGUAGAUAAUCUCAACAGAAAAUACUAUUACAGAAUCAAUUUAUUGGGCAUCAUUCCCCUUCAUUUGACAUAUUAAGUCAUAAGACAUGCGAGAUAUGACUUAUAAAGGUUGUUCAAUCACUAUGGAUCAGUAACUUGAGUUACGUUUUUAUCAAAGAACCCGGUGUUUUUUGUACUUAUACUGCAGUGUUUACCUCGAUUCAGAGCAAACUGAAAAUUAAUGAGUGAAAGCAUUGAUUUAUUUUGUUUGUUUUUCUAAAACUGUGUCACAAUUUGCAUAUUUCCUUAGAUUCUGGUCCUCAUAGGCAUUAUGUCUUUGAUCCCAAAUGCAUGAAAAUGUUAAUGACAGUGCUUAAAAAUACUGAAAACGAUGUUGUUUUCACCUUGGACAACAUGUGUGGUGGUAUUGAUCUGUGCAUGCAGUUAGGCUAUAGUUCCUCAGAGUCUCAGCAUCCUUUUCAUGCAGGUUCAUCACCCGCCCACUUCCAUCUCCCUUAGCAUGUUUGUUCUAGUUGUUUCUAUUUAUUUCAUGCUGGCAUUAUGUCAUCCAUUGUGUAUCUGGUGGGAAAGAGUAUAUAAACAGCUGUGAUAUCCUCAAAGCAUGAGCAAUACGUACAAUCACUUCUUAAAGAGAGGACUCUGAUCCCUUUGUAGGCUGUUGAAAAAAGCAUGAAAAUGAUUAUCAUAAUAUCAUACCACAAGAAAUGAACCCUACCAACCGUUUAAACACGGAACGUUAUAUAUUAGUGCUUUUCUUCAGUUUACUGAUAAAAGAAGCACACUAUUUACAAUACUGUAUAAAGCAAUAUAUGGCAAAGUAAUGUGUUUGUAAUAAUAAAAGCGCCAUGUUUAAAA